AUGCUACGUGCAACACUUCUUCUCUGCUUGGUCCUGGGAACUAUAGCAGAAAGCGUUCAUUGGCAAUGGCGUGAGCUGAUAUGUAAAUCUAAAGACGAAAAAGACUCAAAAAGCGCUUCCGAAUGCGAACUCCUGCUGAAGGAAAACGAACAUGAUCAAAAUCCCAGAAAAGUCCCCACGAAUACUUGUUUUGAUGAAGAUGCUAAUGGUCAACCCCGCCGUUACUGCAAUCUACUAUGUCCUGGAGCUGCUACGGCAUACAGAAUCACGAGAGUUCCUCAGAAUCAUAAAAGUUGUUUCACACAUCUCACAUAUCGGAUUGAAAGGAGAGGUGAAAACUUCUUCAUGUGGAGAGACGGAAAGUAAGU